AUGCGGCUACUUGACUUACCACCAGAGAUCUUCCAGCGUAUUACGCACAUCUUAGUCAAGAAACACGGCAUUGCUGAAGCUUGGAAGGUUCGAGGAACAAGCAAAGCUUUUCAAACCUACAUCACCUACGAAGUCCUUGCUACCCCGUCUCUCUAUGCAUACAACAAGACACGUGCCGGACGCGAGAUCCUUCAGCACAAACUCGCCGACUUCCUCUACACGCGUAGCACAAAGCUGAACGGCUUUGUGCGCACCCAUGUCCCUGAGUUCAUACGCGAUGUCAUCUUGAUAAAGGAGUCUUGGAUUACUGGCGAUGAGGCAGUCUCCAAACUACGGAGGCUUCUAUGCGAACUCUUUGCCUGCAAUUGCGACGGCGCGCUGACGUUCGUUUUAACCCAAACAAACAAGCUAAACCACCACCAGAUAGAGGCACUAUCAGUGAGCAGCACAGUCAACUUGGUUGCUAUGGCUGCUGAUCUAGGCGAUCUUUGUCUCUUGAGAACCGAGGCUGCGAAGGAUAGAGACUCACUGUGGCAGGAGUCGCCAGCCUUUGGAUAUCCGCUGGAUGUCGCCGUUUAUGCAGGGCACUUUGGUGUUGCUAAAGCGAUCGCGCAACAAGCCGUCACCAACCAGAACGAGGACGUCGUCGAUCUCCAUCACCGUUACGGUUCUCGACCUGAGCAUAUCUCAUUUCGUCAAGCGAUCUGCACCUGCAUCGAGCUGCAACAUUGCGGUAUCAUUGAUUACUUACUUCAUAAAUACGUGGAAGCCUUUGGUUUCCCGACAGAGGCUUGCACGGCAGAAUGGCUUGAUAGAGCUGUUACAUGUGGCCACAAAGACAUGCUUCGUCUCCUGCUUUGUCGCCCGACGCAAGCAGGUAUAUCCACGUUUUAUAAGGCAUUCGAAACAGCCUGUCGCCUUUCGAAAGUCUCCCUUCUCCACAUCUUCUUCCCUUAUUCCCUGGGUGGUCCAGGGUGUUUAGCAAUCAACCAAGUCUACCCAUCGAGCAUCAAAGGCUACCCAUCUACCUACCCCCUCAUCACCGCGAUAAGGCUUGCAGAGGGACGCCGCAUGACAACCAUCAUCAAAAAGCUCCUGGAACUUGGCGCGGAUCCGAAUGGACCGAAGUAUCGAGCUGUUUUGAGACGACCGCUUUAUUUGGCAACAACUGGUGAGUGUGUUUCGGGUAUUCUGUCGUUACUAGACGCAGGUGCCAAUCCGUACUUGAUCAAUGAUGCCCGAUGGAUAAAGGUGCAGCGGAAGAGGUAUGGUAAGCAGACAUCGAAAGGGAAGGCGUUGAGAAUAGCGCUAAAGCGUUAUGCGAAGCCAAAGCUUGCGAAGGGGGUGGAAGGAUUUCUUGCUGAGGUGGCUGUGAAGGACGUGAACUUGAAGCCGGCGUUCUUUGGUUGCACGCAGUCAUAG